UUUUUUUUUAACAAUGGCAACAAAUGCUUGUCCAGUCUUUGCGCCAUUUUUUGGUUUUGGAGGAGUUGCAGCUGCAAUGAUAAUCAGCUCAAUCGGAGCUGCCUAUGGGACUGCAAAAGCAGGAAUUGGUAUUGCUGGCGCCGGUACAUUUCGACCGGAACUUAUUAUGAAGUCGCUUUUACCCAUUAUUAUGGCCGGUAUUAUUGCUGUUUAUGGUCUUGUGAUGUCAGUUUUAAUAACGGGAUCUAUGUCACCAACUGCUGACUAUUCAUUAUUUACUGGAUUUCUUCAUAUGGGUUCUGGACUUGGUGUUGGACUUUCCGGAUUAGCAGCAGGGUAUACUAUUGGUGUGGUCGGUGACGCUUGUGUAAGAGCUCAUGCGCAACAACCAAGACUCUUUGUAACUAUGGUCUUAAUAUUAAUUUUUGCGGAAGUGCUAGGUCUUUAUGGUUUAAUUGUGGGUUUAAUAUUGAAUACUAAAGCAGAAAAUGAUUGUCAAUUAUAUGGUUGAUCUUUUUUAACUUCCAAAUAAGAUUUUUCAAAAAUAUAUGUAAUUUAAACUUUUGUAUUACUAAUAUUUUAUUUAAUAUUGGGGAUAACAAUAUCACAAUAUCUUCAUUAUUGGAAUGUAGGAUAAUUAAAAAGAUAGUUGAUUGAUAUCAUAGAAUUAUGCAUCAUUAUUCAAAACAUCUUAACCUUUUAAUAACUAUUCCAGUAGGUUAACGUGUUCAGGAAUGAUACAAAAACAAUAUUAUACUUUAUCGUGCUACCAUAGAAUUUUUUAAUUAUUUCAUAUUUUGGUAUCAAAAUAAAGUAUAAAUUAUAAUUAAUUAAAUUAACUAACUAUUGAAAAUUAAUAAAUGUAGACGAAUACU